UGGAUUAACGGAGAGAGAGGACCCACUUGGCGUAAGAUCUCCGCCACUGACCUGUUGGGCGCGGAGUCGGUCGGAGGGACGACGCCAGGUGCGGCAGCGAGCUCGGUUUUGGCCACGACCAUCCAACCAGAUAAGAUGCGUGUGGUAGCAGCGCUGAUGGUUUUGGCGUGGGCGGUGGUGGCGGGGGAGGACGAGGUAGGCGCCCCUGUGGUAGCGACCGCGACCGGAGAAGUGUCUGGCCUCCUGGAGAAGUCGACGAAGGGAGAUACUUUCUACUCGUACUACGGUAUUCCUUACGCCCAACCCCCCGUCGGUAGCCUCAGGUUCAAGGCCCCAGUGAAGGUCGAGCCGUGGACGGGCGUGCGCAACGGGACCGCUCAGCCGCCCUACUGCACCCAGACUCUGUUCACCAGCUUCCUGAAGGGGCGGCUGGAGGUCGGGGGCGUGGAGGACUGUCUCUACUUGAAUGUCUUCACGCCUAAGCCGAAUACCCCAAAAGCACGAUUACCUGUGAUGGUAUACCUUCAUGGCGGUGGGUAUUUCUCCGGAGGGGCACAGGAAUACCCUCCCCACGUCCUGCUUAACCACGAGGUCGUUUUGGUCGUCAUCCAAUAUCGUCUGGGGAUUUUAGGUUUCCUUUCCACCGAGGACGACGUGGCUCCCGGCAACCAGGGCCUCAAGGACCAGGUGCUCGGCCUCCGCUGGGUGCAAGACAACAUCCACCACUUCGGCGGAGACCCCCUCGAGGUGACCCUCUUCGGCGAAAGCGCUGGCGCGGCAUCCUCUCACUUCCUCAUGCUGUCUCCUUACGUGCUGGGGUUGUUCAAACGAGUGAUUAUGCAAUCCGGAUCAGCACUCUGUCCUUGGUCACUCGGCGGAGCUCACCUGGAAGUUACUAAAUAUGCAGCCGAGUUCUUCAAUUGCACGAUUGAUCAAGGAAACGAAGUCAUGCUAACUUGUCUCCAGGAAGUCGACGUCACGAAGUUGGUCUCCAUUCACUCGCAUUUCUUUAUCUGGUACACGUUGCCGCUCCUGCUGGGGCCUCGCGUGGACGGCUCCUUCUUGCCGCACGAGCCUGAGAAGCUGUUGAAGGAAUCGAGGCACAAAAAGAUCGACAUCAUCACCGGCAUUACAAGAGACGAGGGAGCGAUAUUCGCCCUCCCCCUGUUCGGCAACGAGGCCCUCCGAUCCUCCAUGCGUUUCAACUUCGAGGAGUCGGCGCCAGUGGCCCUCGAGUUCUGCGAGGGCGACAUAUCCCCCUUGAACCAGACGCUGCUCAUCUUCGAUCACUACCUCGGAGGCAUUAACUUCAACGAAAAGGAUGCAGAAAACGUCAAAAAUAUGUUCAGUGACCGACAUUUCGCCGUCUGCCACGACCUGACUUCCCUCCUCCACGACCAGAACAGCGCCCAGAAGAAGAAGAAGGUCUUCCGGUACGAGUUCAAGCACCGCGGAAAGAGAUCCCUCAGUGAUUUCAACCCCCUCGAUUUCGGCAAAGAAUGGGUGUCUCACGUGGACGAACUCUUCUACCUCUUCGAAGGAGGUCCAGUGUUUGCCCCGCUUGAGGAUGAGGACGACCUUAAGGUCAGGGACAUCAUGACGACUCUUUGGACCAAUUUCGCCCUCACGGGAAACCCGACGCCCGACGACAGCCUGGGCUUCAAGUGGGAGCCCAUGAAGGACGGCGAGCUGAACCACCUCGCCAUCACCCCGAAUCCUACCAUGGAGAACGACACUCGGCAGGAGAUCCGGGACUUCUGGUUCUCGCUGCCCACGAAGCAGAACUUGAUCCUCCACCGUGAGAAAGUAAAAAACCUGAAGAUCGAGGAGAAGACGGAGGAAAGUACUGAAGAAGCCACGGCCGAAGGCACUCAAGAAGGUAAUCAGGAAGCCACGAAGGAACAAGAAGGCGCCAAGUCUGAGACCGUUCCGGGAACCCCAGAAGAGAAGUUGGCAGAGCAGAAGCCCGACGAAGGAGAGGCGGCGGCGGAGGACCAAAUUGAGGCUCCGGACACGAGUCAGAAGAGCAAAGACGAACUGUAAUUUCCUUGAAAUGAUAUGUAGCUCUAAAUGUUAAAAAUAAGUCUCUGAACUUGUGUUCUAUUCAAAUUUUCAUUACCAUAAUGUCUUUUGAUUGUUGUCAGCCAUGCGAAUAAACGUUUUUUUGUUUUGUU